AUGGCGCGACUCGGGCACAGGGGAUUCCUGGGCAUUGCGGUCUUGUUCCACUUGAUUUACAUCUACUCGAUCUUCGACAUCUACUUCGUCAGUCCCAUCGUCCGGGGCAUGCGAAGUCAUGCCGUGGAUGCGCCAGAAGCUCCAGCGAAGCGAUUAGUGUUAUAUGUCGGCGACGGUCUCCGCGCCGACAAAGCAUUCCAAUACUUCCCUGAUCCAUCAAGGUCCACGAACGAUACUUCAGCGCAACAGCCAGGCCCGUUGGCCCCUUUUUUACGAUCGCGAGUCCUCGAACACGGCACAUUCGGAGUGUCGCACACUCGUGUGCCUACCGAAUCCAGACCCGGACAUGUCGCUCUUAUCGCAGGGUUGUACGAAGAUGUCGCAGCAGUCACGACAGGAUGGAAAAUGAACCCAGUCAAUUUCGACAGUGUAUUCAACAGGAGUCGGCAUACAUGGAGUUGGGGAAGUCCGGACAUUCUGCCAAUGUUUUCCACCGGUGCGGUGCCAGGAAGAGUUACGGAUGCUACAUAUGGUCAUGAGUUCGAGGACUUCAGCAAAGAUGCAUUGGAGUUGGACUAUUGGGUUUUUGACAGGGUCAAGCAGUUGUUCAAGGAUGCCGAAAUGGAUGCGGAACUCAAUGCACAGUUGAGACAGGACAAGCUGGUGUUCUUCCUACACUUGCUCGGCUUGGACACCAACGGUCAUGCGUAUCGUCCUUACUCCCAAGAAUACCUUCACAACAUACAAAUCGUGGACCAAGGUGUGAAGGAGAUCACAGAGCUUAUCGAGAAGUUCUAUGGAGAUGAUCAGACGGCUUUCGUAUUCACCGCAGACCACGGUAUGAGCGAUUGGGGCAGUCAUGGAGACGGACAUCCGGAUAACACACGCACCCCUCUUAUCACAUGGGGAUCGGGGAUUGCUAAGCCGGUGACUGUCAGCAACGGCAAGGCUCCUGGACAUGAGGACCAAUUCUCUCACGACUGGCAUCUGGACCACGUCAAGCGAAAUGAUGUUCAUCAGGCCGACGUCGCAGCUUUAAUGGCGUACCUGGUAGGUCUGGAAUUCCCCGUCAAUUCCGUUGGAGAGCUACCGUUGCCCUUUCUCGAUGCCAGUGAUGAGGAGAAGGCGAAAGCACUCUUGACCAAUGCCAAGGAGAUCUUGGAGAUGUAUCACGUCAAAGAGCGCGAAAAGAAAGCCACGGUCUUUCAGUACAAGCCCUACUCGGGAUUCGCUGAUGCCGAACACAGUGUGGACAGCCGGCUGAAAGCCAUUCAGCGACUGAUCGAUGCAGGCGACUUCAAGCAAGCGAUCAACCAGACCGACGAGCUCAUUCAGCUCGGCCUCCGUGGACUUCGAUAUCUGCAGACUUAUGCAUGGCUCUUCCUUCGAACUUUGGUUACAGCAGGCUAUCUGGGCUGGAUCGCUUUCUGUUUCACGACUGCCAUCGAUCUACACAUGCUCGAAGGAAAGAUUGAAGCCUCCAGGCCGACUGCCGGCAUCAUUGCUUUCUCCUCGAUCUUGGUAGGACUUUUCAGUCUGCUCCUCGUUCAGGACUCGCCGAUAACAUACUAUGUCUAUGCCAUCUUCCCAGUCAUGUUCUGGGAGGAAGUCUUCGCGCGUCGACAAGCGUUGGUCCAAGGCCGAAAGAAGCUCUUGUCGAAGGUCGGGAAGCGAGAUGUUACCAAACUGGCGCUCAACGCUGUCGCCUAUGUCGCCAUGCUGGAAGUCAUGGUGCAAAGCUAUUAUCACCGCGAGAUCUACACGAUCAGCUACAUUCUGGCGAUUGCAUGGCCGUUCUUUUACGGCUCAGAAUUUGUCAAGAAGAACGCCUUGCUGUGUGGAACGUGGGCAGCAGCCUGUGCGGCAAUGAGUGUGUUCACCUUGCUGCCGGCGUUGAAAAUUGAGGAUUCAAACCUGAUCCAAGUUGGUGGGUUCUUGAUCCUCAUGGUCGGUGUGCUAUACAUUGCAUUCGAGAAGCAUCUGCUUGUCAAGACUGCGCCGAAAGGCAAUGACAAGGCAGUGGGCAUUGCAGAUGAUGGCCUUUCAAGGGCGCUUCUCGGAGUUCAAGUGGGUCUGGUCGCGCUGGCCAUGAUUGUGACACGAUCGAGUGUGACUUCUCUCCAAGCAAAGAAGGGACUGCCGCUCGGAACGCAAGUGGUCGGCUGGUUUACUCUCGUCGCUUCGCUCACCGUCCCAUUCCUUCACGCCCUCCGGCCACGCGACCACUUCCUCCACCGCUUGGCCAUCAUUUUCCUGGCCUUCGGUCCCACAUUCAUCAUCCUCACCAUCUCUUACGAGGGUCUAUUCUACUUCGCCAUUGCGACGACCCUCAUCUCCUGGGUGCGACUGGAGCACCGCAUUCAUCAGAAGUCUUUUGGUGCCCUCCCGUCGACACCGAACAAACAAAACGGCAUGCCGAAGGAUCUCGGGUCACCUCUUCAACCUGCUCUGCUCGCUGCUCAGGCUCGCGAGUCCUCUUCAUCAUACCGCGCCCUCACUCUUUCCGACGCCCGCAUUUGUCUAUUCUUCCUCUUCAUCCUCCAGUCCGCCUUCUUUUCCACCGGCAACAUCGCCUCCGUCUCGUCCUUCUCCCUUGAUGCGGUCUACCGUCUAAUCCCCAUCUUCGACCCGUUCUCACAAGGCGCGCUCUUGAUUCUCAAACUCCUCGCUCCCUUCGCUCUGGUCUCGGCAAACCUCGGAAUUCUGACGAAACGACUACGCCUACGGGGUGGAAGCCUGUUCGCCGUGGUCAUGGGCAUCGGCGACUAUCUUACUCUUCGCUUCUUCUGGGAAGUCAGAGAUGAGGGCAGUUGGCUGGAGAUUGGAGAAAGCAUCAGCAUGUUUGUCAUUGCGAGUGUGUUGUGUGUUUUCGUCGCAGGUCUGGAGGCGCUGAGCGAGCUACUGGUCAGAGGCGUGGAGUUUAGGGAGGUCGUGGAAAAGGUUGAGAGCACGAUCAAGGCCAAUGGGAAUGGCAGCGCGAGUGGCAAAGGUGGAAAAAAGCGAAGGUGA